AUGGCCCUUGCCGUGGUCGCGGUGUUUCUCUCGUGGACGUCAUGGCCAGAUAUUUCUGCAGCCGUUACCAGCUUCAAUGCGGCUCAAACGCGUUGCCCCAGUGGUGUGGAGCCACAGUCAUCGCUUCAUGGGAAGUCAAGUGGUUCACUGCCCCUCUGUACACCCCCCUUUUACUCUUGCGUCCCGUUGGCGUCAGCGGGCUCAGAGGAAGACUUGAGCCCCUCGACUUCGUCGAAUCCUCUCUCGUCUUCAUCUGAUAAUGAGACUUCGAGCUGUGCGGCACGGGGUGCGCAGGAAACGAAGUACGUCGCGGCAUAUCCAUUCCGGAACCAUGUCCUUUUUGAUGAGUCAGUCUUUGCGCGAAUGAACCAGCUCAGGCACCUCAUACACAAAAUGGAGUGUUCUCCGAACAAAGACAUUUCCCCCGAACAGAUAGAAGAUAAGUUCUUGCCGCUGCUCUGCGAGGGAGACUUGCUUGAGCGCACUUUGGAACUGGCGCGGACGAACUAUAGGCAACAGGCAGCAAAUGCAUCAGCUGGUGACACGGCGCGCCUCUCAUCCCUUCUGGGUCAGAACAAGCCUUCUGAAACCGACACGUCCGGUCCCGAUAGAGAUGAGGCUGAAUGGAGAGGAACGAGCUCGUUGUUGGCCAGGAACGCUGUGGAGGGCAGUGUUGGAAAUGCGCACGUUCAGCCGUCGUCGGCCCGCUCAAACAACGACGCUCAAGGCAGCCGAAUAGACGAGCUUAACGGAGGAACGUCGGCUUUGGGGGGGGCUUUGACAACGUCGGGCCCAUUGACAAGCCUGCAGAGACUAGAGCACCUAGCUCCGCAGUUACUGGCUGUGGCAAGGUAUCACCGCCGACGCCAAGCCAAGAGAAAAGUAGAGCGCCUCUUGGCUGCGAUGCUGACUGGCGACGUCGCAAGAAUUGAUGCGCUCUUCCUCCAAAUGGCAGAACAGAAGCUGCUGGAUUCUCAUCUCCUUAAUUUAAUAGACGAGCUUAUCCAUGAGGCCCACAUGAAAUACUCAUCUUACAAGGCAAAAGAGGCGCUCUCAGAAACGGCACUUAAAACGCUGAAGAGGAGGAUAUUGGCUCAUCUGGAGAUGAUGAAGACGAAUCGCCAGGACUUCGUGCGGAUUCUGAGUCUAUGCUUCCAGACACAAACAGAAAAACGCCGCGCAAUCUUGAAGGCAAGCCUAUACACGGUUGACGAUCUGGAACGCUUCCAGGAGUGGCUAGAAGAUGGAAUAAAGUUUGCAGAAGACACGGGUAAACUGAAAGAGGAUCAGGUGAAGGUGAUGAAGAAUCUUGUCGAAGACUGCAAGCGGGCGAAUCCCUUGAACACGGCACCGCUGGACCGGUGGGAUGAAGACAACGCGUUCCAGGCCGAUUUGAACUUGCAAGCCGCAUGGGAAACAUCAGUUGCAACGUGCUGUGGAGACUAUUUACCUUUACGCCUGAAGUUGCUAUACAAAGUUGUCAAACAGGUAGACGUGGGUCCUCCCACAUUCCUGCCGGCGCGUUGGCGCCACGGCUUUUCACUGACUGACCUUGCAUGCCUGAUUCAGAACUUGUGA